AAGCCAGCUGCAGCGAUUCUGUCUAGUGGGAGAAGCUUUUUCGGCGGACACGCGGUCACUCGCGACGUCACUUUGCGACGCGACGCCGAGUCGUCGGCUUCGUGUGGAUCAUAACGCAAUAAUAUAAUCGCGAAAACGAUCGGUUACAAGGGAACGAUUGUCGAUCAUCGAGUGUGGAUGACCGAAUUGUGUGCCGGUUAACAAUCGCUCCGAUGACAUGUCCACGUAAUAACGUUCGAAAAACUGUGUGAGACACCGCUGAGAUUUAUACAGGUACACCAUCGUCAUCUAUAAUUGAUCAGUUUAAGGAAUUAUAAUCGUCGAUCGGGUUGAAAACUUCAUCGUAAUUAGAGUUAGUUUGUGUCAGUGUUGAUUUUGGCAAUCAUUCUGGCACACUAUUCAACCGUCACCGUUAAUCUUAUAAACAUUGUUAUCUAUAAUUCGUUUGAGUCAGUGUCAAAAGCAGGGAUUGCUAUAUUGCUCAAGUGACAUCUAGAUUCUGUUAGAUUCUAGUUAGUGUUGACAUUGUAAGAAUAUAAUCUCAUCAGGAAGUAUGUGUUAAAGAUCUACAGUGAUUGCUUAAGAUAUGGCAGCUAUGCAUUACAACGCGCAGAUGAUCUCAGAAGACUUGCAUCAGCAUCCACGACAUCUCUACAACCUUCAACAAAGACUUCAAGAUUCUGGAUCCUCGCCCAGAUCGGAGGAUGCCAGAUCGCCAUUGGACAGCCGAGUGAGAUCGCUCGAGGAAGUACGUUUCAUGGAUGCUAGAUCGCCAGAUGUAGAGGAUAGGGUAAUCAGAUAUCACGAAGAUGCCGGAAGUAAACAUUUCCCCAAAGACCAUGCGGGUUCUGGUUUUUUCCAGGAUUCGGAAAACUCCUCCAGAAAAUGUUUCAACGAUGAAAUAACGACGAGUCGUUGCCGCGAACCGGAAAGCUCUCCUGGAAGAACGUCCUCGCCGCAAAAUUAUAUUCUCAGCUCGCCUAAUCAAAACAACAGUUCCAUCGGCAAGACGUCCUUUUGCAUCGACGCGCUUUUAGGUCGCGCCACGAAGCAGAAUGAAAUAGAGCAGUCGACCGCCGAUCGACAGAAAUCAUUCUCCAGAAAUCACGGUGUCCAAUCUGACGGUCUGAACCUUGGAAGCAUUCAAGAACGAGAGUCCCCCAACGCCAUAAGAUGUCCCGGAGACCAAAGAACCGCCUUGAGAAAUCCUCUAAAUCCUUUUGUUCAGCAUCACGAGUCCGAUUCACCGAGUCUAGAAGCUCGGGAAAGACAUUCCGCCAAUCGCGAGGCUGUUCUCGGUCUUCAUCCCGGCGAUUCCGGCGUGUCUGUCCAAAGAGGCCAGUUCAGGCCCGAAACGGGGACUAGCAAUUACCGGAACGACCGGCUCGAUAACGUCGAGGACGACACGUCGGUCGACGUGGAUCCGACACGAACCGGAAGCGCUAGUCCCGGAAGCAACGCGAGUCGCAGUCCUGCUUCCAGUCCUCCAAUAUCUCCUGGUUCAGAGGAUCCGUCCAGUAAUGGGAUGCUGAGCCAUCAGAGUCUCACGUCCGGGCCCUAUGGCAUGGGCGCGGCGGUGGUCAGGCAGAAUCAGGGCCUCCUCCUGCAUCCCGCGGGACCACUCAUCCAUCCCGGAGGACUGUAUUAUCAUCCAGCCGGUGGCAGCGCCUUCCACUCGAUACACAAAGAGGGUCAGCCGGUCGGCCAUCCCCAAUCCGGAGGGCCUCAUCCUCAGCAGCAUCACAUUCAUCCACUCCAGCUCGAGUGGUUCGCCCGAACCGGCAUGUUAUAUCCGAGACUUCCCGCGGAUUUAGCCGGUUGCGCGGCACAACACGCAUUGCUGGGCAAAACAAGAAGGCCCAGGACCGCCUUUACAUCUCAGCAGCUUCUCGAAUUGGAGAAGCAAUUUCGACAGAAUAAGUACCUCAGUAGACCGAAGAGGUUUGAGGUCGCGACGUCGCUGAUGCUCACAGAAACGCAGGUGAAGAUCUGGUUUCAAAAUCGUCGAAUGAAAUGGAAACGCAGCAAAAAGGCACAGCAGGAAGCGCGCGCGAGUGGAAAAGUCGAGGAAGCCGGAAGCACGAGGAGUGCCGAGCGGGACACUGGAAGUGACGUCAGUGUGAAUGCACCUGGAACACCAGAGGAAUCUAGAGGAACGCUUCAGGAAAGUCAAAGAACUGGAACGGAUCUCCAGGAACCUUUAUAUCGGCCUUAUGUGGUCUAAAAAACCAAUAAAGACAUUUAAAUCUUGAGGGAUCAACAUUUUUCAAAGGGUUGCAAGUGCGCACACAUACAUUUU